UGAAUUAAUAGAUAGUAAUGAGAGUGAUAAUUACGAUAAUAAUGAAUUAGUAAAUAGCAAUGAGAGUGAUGAUAAUGAUAAUUAUGAAUUAGUAAAUAGUAAUGAGAGUGACAAUGAUAAUGAUGAAUUAGUAAAUAGUAAUGAUAGUGAUGAUGAUUUUAAUGUAUUUGUGAAUAUGGAUAAUGAAAAAAGUGAUUAUGAUUCUGAAACUAAAAGCUUGUCAAAUUUUGGAUUAUUGGAUGCAGAUAAACCAUCAAACAGUUAUUUGAAAAAGU